CUUUCCUUACUGUGUAAAGAACAGAGCUGAGAAUCACUUGUGGAGGAAGUGCGUCGUAGAUAAGACAAUUUUGUGCUGUUGCGGAAUACUGCCCUAAACUUUCUGAAUUUUGUUAUAAAUUCGAUUGUUUAUUGCCAGUGGACAUCAAAUUCUCUUACCUUGAACGAAGAGAUAGUCAGAAGAAGCAUAGACCUUGCAAAGUCUAGAUUAACAGAAAAAUAAUUUUGAGUACAAUGGGUAAUGUGCGAGAUCAGGAACACCCAGCUGGUGAUGAAACUCAAUAUCACGAUGUGGAACAAGAUUCUGAAUUGGAUAUUUCUGAUAAUACAUCUGACUCUGACUUUGACUCUGACUCUGAUGAUAGCGAAGGACAGGCAUCAGUAUCUUCUGGAAUGAGAAUAAAGAAGUAUUUGCAAGGAAUGAAGAAGACGUUUCUUGAUUGUUUAUAUACUAACAGAAAUGUGAUCACACCCCUAAUGUUCUUAACCGUGGUGUUAAUAGGGCAAAUUGUAUACGCCAGGCGUCUACAGCAAUAGAUCGUCCUUGACCGGCCGGACAAAACUGGGAACCUUCUUCGGCGGAGGACCAAUAGAUUUGAUGUUGUGCUUGGCCAAUAGACUGCUUAUGCGGUUGAAGGUCGUCCCAACAUAGGGCAGAAAGGCAGCCGAGGCUGAUUUCUCCGGGGGCGGUGACACCCCCGCAGGUGGAUUGUGGGGCUAGCUGGAUCGGACAAGCAUAAAACCAACGACUCGUCCAACUCAGGCGGUUCGCUGGAACCUGCCACUAGGCGCCUGGCGCCCGGGCUAAUGUCCGGACCCGGGUCCCAGCCGGGACCCGUUACCUCGACGGACGUAGCAUCUAGGCGCACGUCUCCCGGAGACGUGUCCGGGCCUCUCAGCUGACACCACUGCUCGCGCCCAAGUGGACAAACCGGUUCCUUGGGAGGGCCGGAAUAAAACCCCGGUGUACGUCUCCGGGGUGAAGAACAUCAGCAGCUUCCUGCGGAGGAUUCGCGCGGAGUCGGCCUGCUGGAUCUUGGCCCAGAUGAUGGGCAACCUGGUGACUCAGGUGCCCGAGACCUCCGAAGGGUUCAGGGCCACUGUCAGGGUCCUGCGAUCCCUCGGAGAGGGCGAGUUUGUGAGUCUCCACACAUUCUCCCUCCCCGAGGAUCAGUGCGUGCGACUCUUGAUUAAAAACCUGAGUGCGCGCAUGCCCGAGGCUGAGAUCCGCGAGGAGAUGAUCGCCAUACACAUCAACGUGCAGGGGGUCACGCAACUCUGAUCUCGGCGGCGGGACAUGGACCAGGACAGGGACCGUCCCCUUACGCCGCACUUUAUAGUGUCUGUUACACGGGGCCCCGACGUGGCGAGGGUACGUGCUCUCACCGAUAUCUGCGGUCUGCGGGUCAAGAUGGAGACGUACGUCGCACCGAAGGGGGCAAUGCAAUGCAAGCGGUGUCAACGCUUCGGGCACAUGCACCCAAGUGCGUGGCCUGCGGGGACGCCCACACAGCAAACUACAGAGGUUGCGGUAAGUGGAAUUAAGCGAAGGCACUCAUCAAGGACUUCGUCCUACCGGUGU